UUUCCCAGUGCCGCCAGUGCCCCCGUGCAGCCAGUGGCUACUCGAACAACUCACGUGUGUAAACAAACGUGUGUAAAACGUUUGAAGAUGGAAGACUUUCUAAAAAUUGACUGGAAUCCGCCAACAAGUGAUGUAGUGGACGAUGUGUUUAUCAAUGAAGAUAGGUUAAAGAGCACAAGUGUCAUGUACCAAUUAAUCCGUGAGAUGUUAGUGGAUCCUACCAAAGACGCUUAUAAAAAAUACAUUGACAAGAUAACACCAGAUGAUAUUAAAAUUUAUAAAGCAAUGAUGGCUAAGCAGAAUGUGGAGAAAAAUUUGAAAAGACGCAAGAAGGAAGCGGAUAAUUCUGUGGAGCAGGAAAUGGAAUUGCCAAGGGGUUACGUUCCUGGGGUGCCUAAAAAACUUGACAUCAGGUUUCCUAGAUCUUCUAGUUUGACUGCUGAGCAACAAGCACUUGGAGUGAUCGAGGCCAGAUACUUUAGAGAUAAAAACUCUCAAUUAUUCUUAGGAGACUUGGACAGUAAUUUUGAAAACUUAGCCAAGGAACACAAUGUCGAUCUGGUGAUUACUCAAUCUGGCUUGAAUUGUCUGGCUAUCAAUAUUGAUCCUUCCUAUGCGAACAAUUGGAUCCUUCCGGUUGAAGUCAAAGAAAUCAACAACAAAAAUGUUGUCUUUGUUGGCAAACCACUGCCGCCUAUGGUGAAAAAUGUUUUACAAAAAAAUUCAUGGGUUGCUAAGUACAUUCUUAAGAGCUUUUUUCUUGUUCCUGAUAGUCCUGAUGCUAAUACUCAGGAUAACUUACUGCGUUCGAGACCACCCAACUGGAGAGAUCCUGAUAUUUCGGUUGAAGACUCGGAUAGAGUUUGGUGCGAACAGUAUCAGUAUAAUAUUUAUGAAAUUGGAUCUGGUGGAUCUCCACAAAAUGAACUUAUGAAAAGUAAAAUUCAAAAAGAUUAUAAAUUAUUGGUGAGAACUAAAAUUGAUGGAAUUGAGAAAUCAAGAAAUGAUGAAACAAAUCGAAUAAAACUAGCACCAAAAUUAGAGAAUCAAUUAUAUUUAGGCGCUGAAGCGGUUACAAUAGAAGAAGGAGCAAGACAAUGGAUUUCUUUAGCAUUUACACCAGAUACAACUCUUCUGCGAGUUCGAAUGUCAGCGCAAACCUUGGAGUACAUUCAACGAGAAACUCGCUCAACAGUUUCUAUCAGCAAUGAACUGAAUCGCCUGCACAAUGUCAAAGGUGAAGACGCAUAUCCCAUUAUAUACAACGUCGCUGACACUAUGACAAAAAUGCCACCCGGACGUUAUCUUUUGCGACACACUCCGCGCAAUGGAGCGUUUGCUAAUAUUUACAAGGAGACCGAUCAACAAGGGAAAAACACGAUUGACCUUGAAGUUAUCUUUUGCCAAAAUGAGUUUGAAACUGCUUCUAAUCCUCCAUGGCCGUUAAUCGACAACAAAGCUCUUACACCAGCUUUAAUUCACUGGAAGCGUUUGCCAGCGAUGUUUUAUCCGUCAAAAUUUCCUCCAAAACCUCAACAAAAAAAGAAUCUUCGAAAUCGAAAUACAAAAAAAUAA